UACAGGACCAGGAUAAUAACGAAACAGUUGCAUAUUGGCUCUCCAAUUCAUUCGCGUUACUCCGACUUAUGCAACGAACAUCCGAAUCAAGUGCAGCAGCUCCUCAGAGACAACGGUUCAUGAGAACUGGAGAUUCACCACAAAGCAGUAUAUUUGGUAUGAUCAAAAAGAUCAAUCUCCAGCAAGCUAUUGAAGCCCAUCCUGCUCUUCUUUUCAAGCAACAGCUCACAGCUUACCUUGAGAAGACGUAUCGAAUGAUAAGAGACAAUUUGAAGAGAGAGAUAUCUCCAUUUCUUGGUCAUUGCAUUCAGGCACCGAGAACAGCUCGCAUAAGUCGGACUCAUGGAGCUUCUGUUGCAAACGUCUUGGCCCAGCAGAUCGGCCAUUGGCAGAGUAUUGUGAAAAUAAUAACAAACUACCUGGGUGUUUUGAAAUCCAAUUAUGUUCCUUCAUUCUUAAUCUGCAAGCUGUUCGGUCAAAUAUUUUCAUUCAUUAAUGUCCAGUUGUUCAUGAGCGUGCUUCUCCGAGGAGAGUGCUGUUCAUUUAGCCACGGAGAAUAUGUCAAGGCUGGAUUGGCAGAGUUAGAACAGUGGAUCAUUGAUGCGACUGAAGAGUAUGCAGGCUGUUCCUGGGAAGAACUGAAGCACAUUAGGCAGGCUGUUGAAUUCCUUGUUAUUAUUGAAAAGCCAAAGAAAACACUGGAAGAGAUCACCAACGAUUUGUGCCCUGUCCUUAGCAUAGCACAGAUAUACCGUAUCAGUACGAUGUAUCGGGAUGAUAAAUUUGGCACCCAAACAGUUUCGUCAGAGGUAAUCACAAGUAUGAAAACAAUUAUGACUGAAGAAUCAGAAAAUGGAGUGGUCGUUCCUUUCUUAUUUGAUGCUGAUGGAAGCAUUCCAUUUUCGCUGCAUGACCUUCAGAAGUGUGCGCAGAAAUUCGAGGUAACAGAUGUUGAUAUGCCGCCUUUGGUCCUGGAGCAUCCUUGCUUUAACUUCCUACACAAAACAAAGGACAAACUGGACGGCCCGGCCCUCCAAAGUUAAAAAUACCUCUUGUUCUCUUCCAAAUGUAAUGUGUCCAAGGAAAUCGCCGUUCAUACAUCAUUGUCUUGUGAACUGCAAAGAUCAUAGUUGGAAUAAGUUGCAGUGACAAUUGUGUUGUUGGCGUGUUAUUUGUUUCAUUCAAUGCACGCCAUGUUCUCCCAAUCGAGAAUGUUUGUAACCAAGACAAACGUAUGUACCGCCGUUGCA